AUGAACGCCUUUGUCCUGGGCGCCGCCGACGUGCCGCCCGCCGUGGCUGAUGCUCAGGAGCGGCUCCUACCACAGCUUUGGAGCAAAGCAAGGAUUGCUUCCCGGCAGUUGACGCUGCCGCCAGGUUUUGAACUGCCUCACUGUGGCCUUCGCGGUGAACUGCCGUUGGACGGAGAUUUGGGCAUCGUCCUGGUCUGUGACUACGCAGUGGAUGGCCUCACGAUCGAGACGCCCGUGUUGUCCAACGACUUGUCGCGUUGGGGUUUGAGCUUCACCGCAGCUUUGAGCAAAGCCUUGGAGCACCUGCGGGCGCGGACCAAGCGAGGACCACCGGCGGAGAGGCGGAGAGCCAUACAGAACUGA